ACUCGUGAAUCUUCUCCCUCGCCGCGCCUCGCCUCGCCUCGUCUCGCCUCUCCGCCCCGUCCACGAUGGAGUCUCAGGCCGUCUCCCGCCGCCCCCUCCCGCCCAUCCCCGCUCGCGCGGCAGCGGCUGCAGCGCCAAGGACGGCCUUCUCGCCCCAACGCUUCCGCCCCACGUCCAUCGGCGGCAGCGGCGCAAGGCUGCCAACCCUGGUGGCCUCUGCCGUCACGACGCAGCGAGAGGCGGGCGCCACCUACACCGUCGCGACCCCCCUCGCGAGGGUAUCGGUGGACUCGUUGCAGUACGAAAGCGGCGUUCUUGGGGCGAUCACCGAAAGGACACGGCCAGCCGUGGGGGAGGAGCGCCCGAACGGGGCGCUCACCCCGAUGGAGUACUUGACCAACGUGCUCUCCUCGAGGGUUUACGACGUGGCGAUCGAGUCCCCGCUGCAGCUGGCGCCGAAGCUGUCGGAGAGGCUCGGGGUCAAUCUCUGGCUCAAGCGAGAGGACUUGCAACCGGUAUUCUCAUUUAAGCUACGAGGAGCUUACAAUAUGAUGGUUAAGCUUUCACGAAAGCAGUUGGAUAAGGGUGUUAUAUGCUCUUCUGCUGGAAAUCAUGCACAAGGGGUCGCAUUAGCUGCUCAGAAGUUACACUGUGAUGCUGUGAUUGUAAUGCCGGUUACGACACCAGAAAUUAAGUGGCGUUCUGUUGAGAGAUUAGGUGCAACGGUUGUCCUUAAGGGAGAUUCGUAUGAUGAAGCGCAGACAUAUGCUAAGCAGUGUGCUGAGCAGGAAGGCCACACAUUCAUACACCCCUUUGAUCAUCCUGAUGUUAUUACAGGUCAAGGAACCAUUGGAAUGGAAAUUAUUCGCCAGUUGACAGGUCCAUUGCAUGCAAUAUUUGUUCCUGUAGGAGGUGGUGGACUAAUAGCAGGAAUUGCUGCUUACGUAAAACGAGUCUGCCCAGAGGUGAAGAUCAUUGGAGUUGAACCCUCUGAUGCAAAUGCAAUGGCACUGUCUUUGCAUCAUGGGCAGAGGAUCAUGGUAGAGCAUGUAGGUGGAUUUGCAGAUGGUGUUGCUGUAAAAGUAGUAGGAGAAGAGACAUUUCGUUUGUGCAGGGAACUUGUUGACGGUGUGGUUCUCGUCAGUCGUGAUGCUAUUUGUGCAUCUAUUAAGGACAUGUUUGAGGAGAAAAGGAGCAUUCUAGAACCAGCUGGUGCUCUCUCUCUUGCUGGUGCAGAAGCAUACUGCAAAUACUAUGGUUUGAAAGGUACAAAUGUUGUUGCAAUAACCAGUGGAGCAAACAUGAACUUUGAUAGGCUGAGGUUGGUAACUGAACUUGCUGAUGUUGGUCGGAAACGAGAGGCUGUACUUGCAACUAUUCUACCAGAGGAGCAUGGGAGUUUUAAGACAUUCUGUAAACUGGUAGGCUCCAUGAAUAUUACAGAGUUCAAAUACAGAUAUGAUUCACGUAGAGAAGAUGCUCUUGUUCUUUACAGUGUGGGACUUCAUACUGACACUGAACUAGGAGCCAUGGUGAACCGAAUGAAAUCUGCACAACUUCGAACUAUCAAUCUUACUAAUGAUGACUUGGCAAAGGAUCAUCUCAGAUAUUUUAUGGGAGGCUGGUCGAAUGUCCGAGAUGAACUACUUUGCAGAUUUAUCUUCCCAGAGAGGCCAGGUGCUCUUAUGAAAUUCUUGGAUGCCUUUAGUCCACGUUGGAAUAUUAGCCUGUUCCAUUAUCGAGCACAGGGUGAGACUGGUGCAAAUGUCUUAGUAGGCAUCCAAGUGCCGAAGGAGGACAUGCAAGAAUUUAAGCAUCAAGCUCAGGAUCUCGGAUAUGAGUAUACCUAUGAGAUGACCAACGAGUCCUAUCGGCUUCUCAUGCAGUGAGUAAGCUAGAUCAAGCAUCAGAAGCUUUACGAUUGGAGGAGAAAUUCAUGAGUAGUACUGAUUGUUCUUCGAAUUUUCUUGACUGCUCUUCUGUUUGUUCUCGUGUUUUGGUUUCCAGUAGAAAUGCGGAUGCAGCCCUGGCUCUCUCUAUUUAUGUAGUAGGUACUGAGAGCAGAACAGCUGAAUUCCUUUGUUUAUCUGUGUCUGCUAUUUACUAUCAAUAUCUCUUUUCUCGGAA